GAAGAGAGAGAGAGAGAGAGAGAGAGAGAGAGAGAGGGAAAUUACCAAAUGUGAGAUUCGAAGAAUACUGAGAGUGAUGACCGAAUUUUGAGGAAUUACAUUUCUCUUCGCUGUUCUGUCAUUUUCAAAAUUUGGAGCUUUCUCAAAAAAAGAAAAAAGAAAAAUCAAAAUCAAAAUCAAAAUCGCCGGAGACAAAAAUGGGUACGGGCGGCGGCCCGGAUAAAGACGGGUCGGGUGAGCAGCAGCGCCGCACCGAGAUUUUCACAUACGAAUCCCCAUGGGACAUCUACGCCAUGAACUGGAGCGUCCGCAGCGACAAAAAGUACCGCCUCGCCGUAGCCAGCCUCCUCGAGCAGUACUCGAACCGGGUCCAAAUCGUCCAGCUGGACAAUUCGACCGGCGAGAUUCGACCCGACCCGGCCCUAUCCUUCGACCACCCGUACCCGCCCACCAAGCUCGUCUUCAUACCCGACAAGGAGUGCCAGCGCCCCGAUUUGCUCGCCACCUCCUCCGAUUUCCUCCGCCUCUGGCAGAUUUCCGAUUCCGGCAUGGAGCUCAAGAGCCUCCUCAACAACAACCGCAGCACCGAAUUUUCCGGGCCGUUAACCUCCUUCGACUGGAACGAGGCGGAGCCCCGCCGCAUCGGAACCUGCAGUAUCGACACCACGUGCACGAUUUGGGACAUCGAGAGGGAGGUUGUCGACACUCAAUUGAUCGCCCACGACAAGGAGGUUUACGACAUCGCCUGGGGCGGCGUUGGGGUUUUCGCCUCCGUCUCCGGUGACGGCUCCGUUAGGGUUUUCGAUCUCCGCGACAAGGAGAAUUCAACCAUCAUCUACGACAGCCCCGAACCUAACACUCCACUCGUCAGGCUCGGGUGGAACAAGCCGGACCCUAGGUACAUGGCCACCAUUGUUAUGGACAGCAAAAAGGUCGUCGUCCUCGACAUACGUUUCCCCACCUUGCCCGUGAUGGAGCUGCAGAGCCACCGUGCUAGUGUGAACGCCGUGGCGUGGGCCCCACACAGCUCCUGCCACCUGUGCACUGCCGGAGACGAUUCUCAAGCUUUGAUUUGGGAUCUUUCCCCCACGGGGCAGCAGCCGGACGGCAGCUUCGAUCCCAUCCUGAUUUACACCGCCGGGGCGGAGAUUGAGCAGCUGCAGUGGUCUACCUCUUUGCCCGAUUGGGUCGCCAUUGCUUUCUCGAACAAGCUGCAGAUUCUUAGGGUAUGAAUCGAUUUUCGCUAAUCUGCUUGAUUUAGUACUACAUUUUCCGACAUUCUGAAGCUCCAACAAAAUCAAUGACAUCUUUCGGUUUUAUUUAAAUGUUUUGAUCUGUAGCUGCGAACGUGACUUGCUAGGGUUCUUUGGUUAUCUAAAAAAACAAAACUGCUCAUUUCGAUUUUGUUCAGUUAAGAAAACAAAGAUGAUUUUCGCCUUUUGAACUGAAUUUGCCUUUUCCCUCUGCAUUUCCGAGUGCCGAAAUUUCUGCUGUUGUUGCUAAUUGUAGUGUCACUGAAACCGAAGGUUGGCUUUGAAUUUUGAUAUUGCUUAGAUAUAUAUACUCUGAUGAUAUGCGAAAUCGAUUAGUGGAGAGAUGAAUAUUCUCUGAAUUUGUGAUGCACUUUUUAAAGUUAUUUACAUUUCGGGUCUAGUUGAUUUGAAUCUUGAGUCGAGUUUCGAACUCGUAAGACACUUAACUCUAAAGGGUUUAUUAGUUAAGCUUUUACAGUGUGAACAAUGCAGUCACUGUCAGUUAUGUUAGCAUAUCCGCAUUCCCUUCGUUCGUUUCCAUGACUCGAAAUUGCAAUCUACAAAUCCUAGGAUUCUGCUAAGAGAUGUUGUAUCCGGUAGAAUACUUUCGGAUUCUUGCUGCAUGUACUUGUGAACUACAAGUGAUUGCUGUUAUAUAUGAUCUGUGUUUGUUAUGAUAUCAAGAAGUUGAAUUUUGAGAUGUAAUUAUUUUAUUUUUAUUUUUAAAUUUGUGAUAUUAAAUAGAGAGUUAUAUUUGUUAUUU